CAGAAGAUAUCAAUUUAUUAAUUAUAAAACAUAUGUAAAAUGUUGAUGAAAUUGAACGUAUUAAUAUUAUUUUCGAUUAGUGUACAAGUUUCUCGUUCGACAAUCAUGGCCAAUAAUUCCACGACAUCAAGUUUGUUGUUAUUUGAUUUUCAAAAUGUCGCCGAUUUAAGUAACUGGACAGAACAAUCUGACACUGUAAGAUCAGUUGGAAUGUCAAAAGCGACAUUUGAUUUAUAUAAAACUCAAACUAAACAAUCUGCAAUCUUAUUCACAUUGCUAAAUCCGCAACCAAACGGUGCAUGUUUUAGUGGCGUCCGUACAAUAACACAGCUAAACCUUGAUGGAUAUGAAUAUAUAUCAUUUUUAUGCAAAACUGCAGGAAAUGCCACUACAUAUAAAAUUAUUUUAAGGCACAAUAAUUUGAACGACGAGCCAAAUCCUACUUUUGAACAACAAUUUAAGGUUAACACUGAUUCGGAUACUACAGUAAAAAUGCCAAUCUCACAAUUCAAACCCUAUUAUAGGGGAAAAAUAAUAAAAGAUGGACCUACUUUAAAUGUGAAAAAUAUUACUAGAUUUGGCUUUCAAGUGGCUGGUGGCGUCUAUGAAAAUUUUAAGCAAUCAGGUUUAUCAUCAUUAGUGGUGGAUCAAAUAUGGGCAGAACCCUACGGGAGUGCAAAUUAAAUAAUUUUACAUCAUAAAUUAUAACUUAAACAAUAUAAAUUUUUGUCAACCGUUUAA